AAAAAAUCCCUCUCCUCAAUUCCCCACCCACCUCGCAACCCUAGCCCAGCUUUCGCCUCCUCUCCCCCAAAUCCCGAACCCGCCGCCUCGUCGUCGAGCUCGCGCGCCAACCCUACCGCCAGAUCUGCUCGCCUGAGCAGCAGCCAUGGCGGAGACCCUCGACAUGACGCUCGACGACAUCAUCAAGAACAACAAGAAGGGCAACCCCUCGUCCGGUGGUGGUGGCCGCGGCCGCCACGAGGGCCGCCGCGGAUCUGCCGCUGGCGGCGGCGGCGGGGGUGGGGGCGGCGUGGGACCGACCAGGCGUCCCUUCAAGAGGUCGGGCAACAGGGCGGGGCCCUACCAGCCGCCCAAGGCCCCUGACUCGGCGUGGCAGCACGACAUGUACUCGGAUGUAGCGGCAGGCGGCGGCAGCAGCGGCGGCGUCGGGAGGGUCUCAGCUAUCGAGACCGGCACCAAGCUCUACAUCUCCAAUUUGGACUUCGGUGUGUCGAACGAUGACAUUAAGGAGCUUUUCUCUGAGUUAGGUGAUCUUAAGAGAUCUGUAAUUCACUAUGACAGAAGUGGGAGGUCUAAGGGAACAGCUGAAGUUGUGUUUGCAAGGCGUGGGGAUGCUGUUGCAGCUGUGAAGAAAUAUAACAAUGUGCAACUUGAUGGUAAGCCUAUGAAGAUAGAGAUUCUAGGGACCAAUACUCCUACAGCUGCAGCUGCACUUCCAGCAAAUAACGGAGGCUAUGUUAGAAAUGUUGCUAAGAGUGCACCAAGGGGUGGCCCAGCUGGAUUACCUCAGGGUAGGCCCCGUCCAAGGGGAGGUGGGAGACGCCGUGGUGGCGGAGGUGGCAGUGGUGGAUCUGGUGGUCGCCGUGGAAAAGAGCGCAGUCAGCCAAAGUCCGCUGAAGAACUUGAUGCUGACUUGGAGAAAUACCAUGCAGAUGCGAUGCAGACUAACUAGAUGGAUCUUCACAGCGUCGAUGUUUCAACAUGAAAUCUGAAGGAUGUUUAUCUGCUUGUUCCUGCUAUUUGUGCUACCAUGUUCAGUGGCAACAACAAAACCUUUGUUUGUGGGGUCUUGGUUUACUGAAUUGUAUGGUUUUAUGUGUCUACAUAGAACUAGUGGAUGCUGGUGAAACACUGUUAUUGAAUAUUACUUGGUUGCCGCUUAUGUUCCUUUUACUGCGGAGUGAAGGGCUGCUUGAGUUACUCCACAUACAGAAGUUGCUGAAGAUGUACAAGGUUUUCUUCUCUUCUGACUCCUUAAACAUACAACAUCUUCAAGUUAUGCCCCGUUCUUUGCGUGGUUACUGGACAUUGUUCCUCUGCCAUAGAAGGGUUUUAAGUCUCAGCCAUCCUUAAUAUGAGGUGGCUGGUGCCUUUUUGUCAUUUAUCAUUCAAUCUUCUCCCCAUUACUAUUCAUGACAGCCCCUUUCAAAACCUGCACCUCUUCGGUUGACAACAAAUUAUAUGGUAAUUCUGGUUUUGCCAGCUGAUCUUCAGCUCGUGAUAAUCUGGCUUCUUGCCUGCUGAUCUUCAGCUUGAAGAAGCAUUAAGGUGCAAAUUAUGAUCUAAAAUCUGCUAUUGAUAUUUGACAGCUAGCUAACAACAUGAUAGUCCUGUUGGAUUUUUUUUUGGCUCUCCAUCCAUUGCUGGCUUAUUCUGUGAUAGCAUUGCAGUGGGUCACCCUGUUGCAUGAAAAAUAGCCAUCGAACUCUUUAGGAUCCAUCUUAAGUUUUGUGUUCUCUUCAAACUUGUGGAUCGGAUUUGAUCGUGUUAACUGUGCUGGGAAGAUCUGGCGGUGAGGCUCAUGUUUGCCUUAAAAUUCAAUUUCCAACAGAAGAAUCCAUCCAUCUUGUUGCUCAAUAUGGAUUUGGGAGUGGAUUGAUUACUUUGCCUGUUGUGGUGUUGAAUAACUCCCCAAGUUCUAACACUGUAAGAGUCAAUUGACAGCUGGCUUGAUGGUCAUGGUUGUCAUUGUCAGUAAUGGUAUCAGUUAAGCGUUAUGGUGUUCUGGAAAUGGCAUGGUGUAACCAUUUUGAUGGCCUCAUGUUAGUUGGAUUCAAAAUCCUUGGUUAGAUUCUUUUGUCCAGUUCCAAUUACAGUUAGUAAAAUAGUUUAUGAUUUGUUAUUUUUUCUAUGUGAUAUGGUAGAUAAGAGUUUUGGUGUA